AUGGGUCUCGCAUUCUACAAACAAGAGAGUCGGAGACCAGGCGGUCCGAGCUUGGAACCCGAUCGCUUAGAUAUAUGUGUGGGAGCCCGUUCUCCCACGGCUUCAACAAAAUUUAGAGCAUGGAACUUGGAGACCAUGGGCUCUACGAAAAUAAAAUUAUCCAACUGGCAAGCUCAUGCUCCGAGUUUGACUUCGAGAAUCCCAAAAAACAGAGUUCAGGGGCCAGAAUGUAGGUUGGAAUCAAUUCCCGGGAACUGCUCAUUCACAAUCUCCAAACUGACUGAUCCCCGUUUGCGCCACGAGCUCCAAAAACCAUUUAAACUGAGAAAAUAUGGAUCCGUUAGGCUGGCUGGUGACCUCAACUUGAUAUCUCUGGGGAGAGCUGGAACAUCCAAGAAUGCAGUCAAGAAUACCCGAAUGGGAGCUUCCGUGUUCCAAAAGCAGAAGAAGACGCAAAAUAAUGAGUGGAACGUUGGCGAUAUUCGUCGCGGAUUUUAUCUGCCAGACUGGAUUAGGAAUUUAAAUUUCGACCUCGGACGAGAACAACAUAUGGGAUCCUUUCCUAUAGUUACACAAGCGCCUUUUUCCGAAUUUUAUGACAUUCUUCCGUUAUGGAACUCUCUCCUUUCAAUGGCCAUUACACUAUCCUCUAUGGAGCAUUCGAGGGUACUCCAGAAUGUAUUUAAGAGAACAAUUUCUCUCUCUGCCGAGGCCAAGAGUGAAUCGGAGAAAAAGCCAUGGAUCGCAUGUCUGGACCAAGCGUACAAAAGCAGACGAACCCCUCGACAAUAUACCGCAUGCUCACUGAAGGUUCUUCGUGCAACUGCCCGGGGAUUAAACACAACGAAAAGAUGCUCGAGAAGAAAUUGGAGUUAA